GAAAAGUGAAGUGCAUCAGUUCUAAUCAUGCUUGACUGUAUAGUGCUGACUGCUGUGUGUUUGUCAUGAAUGCCAUCCAAAGGUAGUUUUGAAAGUAACGUUGAUGGACUGUUUACUUUGGUUUUGAAGAAGACGAAGAAGUGGUGUACCAUUUAGCUGAUAAGAUAAUAUGGAAGACGACGUGGAGUUGGGAAUCUUCACCGUUCGUGGUCAACACCUGACGACUGUCUCAAUCGGUGAAUCGAAAUGGUGUUGUUUUGUGGAGAUAUGUUCAAAAUUGCUGCCUGGUGUAAACAGAGCGAAUAUUCACAAUCGUGUGAAUCGCUCUAAAGCACGAAUGGUUCUUGCUGACAAGGUUGUUGUAGCCGCGUUGAAACGCCAAGAAGUUAUUACGAAGCACACAGGCAAAGUAUAUUUGAUUAGCAUUGAGAAUAUUUCUCUUGUACUAUCAUUAUUUGAUGAAAAUGCACCGGGAGACCCUUCGCAAGAUUCCAAUCUAGAGGACGAAGACGGAGGUAAUCCAGGUGAAGAAGGCGUAGACAAAAUGGUUGACGAUGAGGAGUGUGAGACUGAAAUUGGUGCUGAAGAAGUUAUUACUGAGUCUGGUCUGCCUGAAUCGCUGAACGAUGGUGAUGCUGACGGUGAUGGUGAUGAAAACUCUGAUGAAGACGACAACAUGGACGAAAAGAUUGUCGAUUCAGUAGUACAAGUUUCAGCUUCGAACGUCCCUGUUCCUGGACCAGGUCGUGGUCGUCGUCGCUGUCCUAAUUGCUCAACAAUUCUUAAAUCGAAGCAACCCAAUUGUACUCAUUGUGGCAAGCGGUUAUCAACUCCUGGUAGAAAAAGACGCAGCGGUUUUCCAGGUGCGUACGGUCGGCGUAUGAAGCGAAAGCGUUUAGAAGCCAAAGAGCAACAAAUGGAGCAACAGAUGGUGGAAGUGGAGUACGACGAUGACAAACAAACCAUACCAACUGAACGACCCCGUCGCUGGCGUAGGUGGUGCACAAAUUGCCAGGCAGCAUGCACAUCCACAGCGGUGACAUGCCCUAGAUGUGGCAACACUAACUUACGUGAAACCGGACAGGACGCACCGAUGGCAAUGGGAACUGCUGACGAUGACAAUGACGGUGAUGAUGUUGAUGAUAUGAAUGAUGGCGGAGAAGAAGCAAUGGAAGCUGGACAUGGAGACGACGCUGAACAGGAUGAUUGUCCAAAACCGAAAGGAGCUCGGAGCAAGUGGUGCCGGCACUGCGCUCUGUACAUGCCCGAGAACUGCACGGAGUGCACAGCGUGUGGCAGACCGGUCAAGCGCAAGUACCGUCGCCGCUGCGCCAACAUUUCCUCUCGGCCGGCAACUGCCAAACGCCGUGCUGCAUUAGUGGCCAGGGCAACGACAGUGUCGGGACAGCCACGUCAUCGUACCGACGUAGAUGACCACCUUGGAAACGGAGACAACAGUGAGCAAGGCAUGGGUAGCGGUCCAACAGGCGGAAAAUGGUGUUCUCGGUGUCAGAAGACAGCGCCACCUCUUGUAACGCAUUGCUUAAUCUGCGGCAAGGAGCUUAAGCGUGUCUAUCGCAAACGCUCCGCCAUAUGGCAGCAAAACCAGCAAAAUCAGGUACAGCAACAGCAAGAACGCCUGCAGGAACGACGGCGGGCUGGCAUCAAAGGUUUGGCUGGUGUAGCGGGAGGAUAUGAAGUAACAGGUAGCGAUGGCCAGCACCUCAAUUGGUCACAGCGCUACAACUUAACGUCCUUUAUUCCAGAUGAAGAGCAUGUGUCUACAGCGGGCGAUGGUGCAAGACCCACCAUGAUGCCAGAUAGUGUGGAGGUGCGUGGUGGACGGGCUGUACUGCGGAGAGCUGAGCUCAAAAGACACGAGAGCUACAUGCCCAGAAACGCCAACGAAGCUGUGGGUAUUGUGGGUGAGCAGCCUAUGUUGCGCCGUCCUAUUGUUGACCUUCCCCCGAGACCUACGCAAGCGACUGAGAGAGAAAAGCUUCAUUAUGCGCAAUGCUUUUUGAACAUCAAGAUGGGCGUGUCGCAAUCCGAUCUGAUCGGGGUCAUCACGGAAGCGCGCCAUCGGCAUCAAUCUUCAAUAGACUCAUCUGCGCGAUCAUUUGAAGAUGUAGAUGCUGAAUAUCAAGCGACAAAAGAGCGAACGACACAUUUGGAAUGCGAGAGCAAGUCACUGGAGAUGAGACUUGCUUCACUAAAACAGCAGCUGUCUGCUGGGCGGAAGGAAGUUAGACGGAUAGGUCGGCUUGCGCGGCAGACUGAGCAGCAGGCUAAUUUAUACACGCGCGUUGCACACCGUUUCCACAAGCGGUUAUUUGCCUGCACAGAACUCCUGGAAGACAACACAGUGGCGACUUCAUCUUCAUCCGCUAGUGCCGCAGCAUCGGCUUCCACAAUAGUCCGUACGCCUGUGUAUAGCACUGCAGGGGCGCAGUUUCAAACACGUUUGCAGCCUGGAGUGGACGUGCAACACCACUCAACGAUAGCGGCAUCCACAGCGUCUUUACCGGGCUCGACUUUACAUCAUCAGCACCCUGCUGCAACUGCUGGAACAGUAAUGGCGAGUAGUUCAUCUCUAGUGCCGCCACCGCCGAGCGCAGAGGACCCCCUGCAUUCCUCCAGCAUUGCUACACUCUCUGCAGGCAACGGAGCACCAGCUGUGGCUGCGGAGACUUGGGCACAGCUGCAAGCACAGCAGAUGCAGGUGUCACAUGAGCAUGGACGCGAUCUGCUGCAAGCACCGUCAACUGCUAUGGUGUCAUGACAUUUUCACUGAUGUGCCUUGGCAGUGCUGCUGCUGCUGCUGUGCAAAUCAGGGAGUAGAAAAAAGCGUAUUGUACUACUCCCUGGUGUGAAUAGUGCUUUGAUUGUGUGUUUCCAACGUCAACACUUGCGUUUCGGGGAGCACAUCUUGCACCGGAUCCGGAUUGACUUGCGAAGCUGCUAUCAUAUUUGCAUUGUUCUCGUUGUGAUCGUCUUGGGUAACUUGUGGCUGAAUCUCUCUCUUGUCUCUUCUUGAAUAUACAGUGUAGUUGAGUUUGGGAUGACAUGGCUCCAGGUCUUCAAGUGAAGAGUUCUCUCUGACCUGUCAUAAUAGAAACUAGUAGUCCACGUUUGGCGUUAGUGUCGGAAUUUUUUCUAUCCCUCUGUACCCCCUCCCCUAGUUUCAGAAUUCCCCUUUUGAGAGUCACAUGUGUGUACGUAAGAAAAGACAUGAUCAUCGCUGUUCUAGUUAAUUUCUGGCAUAUCAAAUAGUCUUAUUUUCACAAAGGUGUCGACCACGUUCAUAAUUCUACUUGCCAUACAUAGGUGCAUUUAUUGCCUGCACAUGUAUGAAUUUAGGAACAAUUUCCUCCUGCAUGAAAUACGUGUUCUCUGAGCAUACAUCUACCCGCACUCCAAUACCAACUCUGAACGUAUUAUACUACUGAUAGCUGAACUCUCGUCCCUGUUUUUACCUCUCUCUCCUCACAGCACUAGUGAAAUGGCUUAUCACAUGAUCGUUGCACAUACUUGUGCUAUAUUUCCUCUCGUCCGUCCCGUGCUCAUCAUGGCAACUGUUGUCCCCCGCUCUUCUGUACCGUCUUCACUUAGUCUUCACCGUCUUCUUAUUGGUCUUCUUUUCAGUUUUUAUGCGCCCCCGUCCGUGCUUUAGUCAGUUUGUAUCUAAUUGAACCUUUGCUAUUGUUCAUUCUUAUCAUCAACUCCAUCACAUCCUGUCAUCGGAUGAUCUUAUAUCCCUUCAUAACCGCCGUCAUUGAGUAAGUCACGUAGUGAAGCAAG